UUUUUCGAGUAAGAAAGAGAGGAUAGAAUUCAAUCCUCUUACCUCUGAUUUUAGUUUCGAAGUGUCAGAAAAUUGAAGUAUAAGUGUCAGCUGACAAGCAUCCGAUUAUUUUCGGAUUAUUACAAUAAUGUCGUUCGGAGAAAAAAUAGCCUCCAUAAUGGAGAGACCUGGUCAAGAUCCUGUGUCCAAGGACGAUGUUCCCUGGUGGAUGAAGUAUGCCGGUCGAGGUCUAGGUACAGUUGGAAGUCUUAUUGCAAUAUUUUUAGGAGCAUGGAAUUGUAUUGGUAUAGUGUUUGGUUCUGUGAUGUGUUUUAUUAGUGGUAUUCUACAAAUGAUUGCUGGAUUUUUAGUCGUGACUAUUGAAGCACCUUGUUGCUGUAUGUUUAUUGAUUUUGUACAAAACUUGAGUGAUUGGGUCGAAAAAAGACCUUAUUGGAAUCGUGCUGCUGGUUAUUGUAUAAUAGCGUUGCCGUCAAUUUUCUUAUGUCCAUCACUGAGCAGUAUAUUUGGCUGUGGUUUAAUAUUCACAACGGGAAUAAUAUAUGGUCUUAUGUCACUCGGGAAAAAGGCUCCCAUUGAUGAAAUGAGAACAGCAGCAAUAAAUCCUCAAAUACCAUCAUCUAGUAUGAAGUCUAAUUUAGUAGAAAAUGCUGAGCCAAUGGGAUUUUCAACUAAAUCUGAUAGCAAUGUUUGAUGAUUUGAAAAAUAAAAAAAAUGUUGCGGUAAUUUUAAGCAUCAGAUAGACGUAAUGUAUAAAUGGAGGCAAAGGAAUGAAUGAGAACAAAAAAGUUCAACAGUAAAUAUUUAUUUAGCUCUUAUUGUAUUUCUGGUAAUAUAAAAAACAGUAAAUUGAUAAUGCAGACGAACGAUAAAAUUUUUUAUUCGCGAUAAAUUAUUGCUCUAGUCGUCCAUUAAAUUUAAUUUCCUUUCAUGGCACAAUUCAUUCGAAGAAAAUUUUUAAACUAAAAUUAAUUCAGAGUUAAAAGAUUUAAAUUGACGUUUGAGAACUUUUUUUUAUUUUUAUUUUAAUUAUUUUUAUUUCCAUGCAUACUCUGAGAACCACUGAUCUUUGUUUGUAUUAAACUUAUCAGAUUUAAUUAAUUUACUUUGAUGUAAUCUCGAUAAGAUUUUUUUUGUACUUUUUAAGUUACAUUUUUUAAAAAAAUUGUUUACUUUUUAUUAAUUUUAUAUAUAAUAAUAUCUUCCAAUAGUAAUUAUGCCAAAAAAAUAUGAUUAAAAUUUUUUAAAUUAAUACUAAAAUUUCAAAUUCACUCUUGAGUAAAAUUAAAUGGAAUAACAAAUAAUUUAAAAAUCUUCUAUUUAAUUUAACAUAAGUUUUUUUUUGUAAUUCACUACAUUUUCAAAUUUUUUUAAGAAAUACGAGUGAUCGUGCCAAAACUUUUUUGUAAAUUUUAAAUACUUUUAUUUUAAAUUCUUUUAGUUGAAUAGUUUACUAAAAUUUAUUGCAAUUAAAAAAAAUUCAAAGAAAAACUACAUUGAUAACAACAGCAUUUUCUUCCUCUGCAUUCCGUUAUUUCUCUAGGUUUAUCAUUAACGUUAAUAUUUAUUAAGAACAAAAGACUACAAUGUUUUUCAAGUUUUCCUCAAGUUAUGUUUUAUAUAUUAAAAUAUAAUUUAAUUUGUUAUUCGAAUAUUUUUAAAAGUAUUUGUGAUCAUUUUUUCUGUGUUUAUUUAAAUGGAAUCAUUUUUCACAAGUAAUAGUAAACAUAUACUUGGAUCUUUUCAUAGUAAAAAAUCUCAUUGUCAGUCGAGGUACAUAGUAGGGCUAUACUUAGUCGGUUAAAUCGAUGAAAGGAUUAAGCGAGUUAAUUAGCUAACGGCUUGACUAAUUUGGCCAAUGGCUAAACCGACAAUGGUAAAUUUAAUUAGUUACUGACUAUUUACGACAAAUAAACUCGUGGUAUAAAUUAUGUUUACUUCAUUUUUUAAGCUAAAAAAGCCAUUGAAAGUCAAGGACCAUCUCUUGAAAUUUUUUCUCUUUGACAUAAUUAUUAAAUUUAGAGUAAUUAAUAAAACUUAUUAUGGUGCAAGAUUCUCUGCUUUGGUGGCAUUUAAAAUGGCACGAAUUCUCAGUGCAAUCUCCCCAUUUGCAAGAAGAUUUCUGUCUUUUCUUGUAUCAAGUACACUGUCCAAGUAAAUUUUUUCAACGUCAGAAAAUAUUAUUACACAGGAUUUCUUAGAAAAAAAAAAUUUUAAUUGCCUUAAGAAAAUUUUAAAUUGUCUCAAGAAAUUUUUUGCAUUAUAAAUUGAAGCCAAUAUUUUUCUUGGGUCAAGAAAACAUUCUCAAGAGAACUCUAGAUCAUCAACAUUUUAACUCAAAAAUGAAUAUGAAACAUUUAACAUUUUGAUGACCUCUAGUACACAUAAAAAAUUUCAUUUAAAUUUUUCGCUUUCUCCCGCAUGUAAAAUUACAAAAAAAAAAUAAAAAUAUGCACAUGUAAAAAAUUUUAAAAAACUGUAGGUGCAAUUUUUUGAAAUAUUUUUUUUUUUAAUUUAUCAUUUAAAAAAAAAUUCAAAAAUUAUAAAAUGUCAGCUAACUAUAGUAUUAUAAAAUUAUUUAUAAACUUGAUGUAAAAUAGCAGCUUUAAUUUUGCAUCAAAUUUAUGUUAUUUUACGUAAGAGAGGACUAAAAAGUUUAACUGAAAUUUUUUAUAUUUUUCACAUCAUCAAGAUAUCAAGUGUUUCAUUUCAAUUUCUGAGCUGAAACUCUGGUUUCUUGCUCCAAAAAAACCUUUUUUCUGUAUACUGAUAAAAGAAACUACUUGUUAUUUUGUGUGGCGGUAAAACAAAUUAUCUUUUAAUGGUUUUUUCAGUUUAAAAAAUGUGGUAAACAUAACUUCUACAACUUAUUUAUUUAUUGUACAUAGUUCAUUGGUAAAUAGUUAAAUUAACUUAGUCGUUAGCUAAAUUAGAUAAGCUAAUAGUUUGUUAUUCAGGCUAAUUAUAAGCUGAUUAAACCAGCUAAUCUGAUUAGCCGUUUAUCAACGAAAUUGUACAGCUCUAAUAUAUAGAGACUGAUAUUAAAAUUCAAAUCAUUAAAUAAUAUUAUUUACUUACUUCAUUAGAAGGCUUAAUAAAUUAAAGUCAUUGAAGGCUUAAUCAUAAUUAGCUAGCUGUACUCAAUUUUAUAGAAUAUUUUAAUUAAUAGUUUAUUUGUAUAAUUUUUAUUAUAAACAAUUAAAUAUAAUAUUAUAUUUAAUGUAUAUUACAAUUUGGUUGUCAUUAAUAUAUUUGUUGUACAUUAAAAAAAAUUUUUUUCUUAGCUCAAUAAAAUUUUCUUUCGUCCCGACAAAUUUUUUUUUUUUAAUUUAUAAUGAAAAAAAUUUCUUAGGGCGAAUAAAAAUUUUUUGUGUCAAGAAAUGAUUUUUUUCUGUGUAUAUUCAUAUAAAUUAAGGCAAAACGAUACAAUGUUUGGUAAUACUUAAUUUUAAUAACUAUAAAAUUGUUACUAUCUUAUAAAUUUUCAGCUACGAAAGUAUUAAAAAAAAAAAGAAAAAUUAUAAAUAAAUGUCACCCAAAUGAUUUUUUCUGUACUAAAACUACUACGGUUGAAUGAACUUACAAUACGAUAAAACAUAUCGGAGCAAUAUAAAUACUUGAUUAAUGUUAUUAUUUUUAUAUAAUUUCUUUUAUUGUUAAUUACAACCAGUAUAAAGUAAAAUAAAAAAGGCCUCAUUGUUCACGAUGUAAAUUUGAUGUUAGAAAGCAAUUAAUUUAAAAAAAAGUGGAAGUGUUUUGAUGGAUGUGUCGUCUGAAAUAAAAUUGUAAAUUAAAUAAAAUAGUAAUUAAAUGUGUAACUAUUGCAAAUAUUUCCAUAUUAAUUAUUUAAUUAUAUAAAUUUUUUUUUAUAUAGAAGAAUGUUUGCAUCAGUCAUUUUUAUACGUUAUUAUUAUUAUUAUUGUUUUAAAAAUAGUUAAUGAAUAUUAUUUAAAUUAAUCAUUGAAAAAAUAAUAUCAGUAAUAAUAAAUGUUUAGACUACUACAUAAUAUACAUACUAAAUAAAUUCAUAAAUUUGAAUGUGUUUAAAAAAAUGUAGAAUAUUAUAAAUAACUAAAAAAUUCAUGUUAAACGAAUAUAAUUGUCAUCUAGCCGAUUCAUUAGAAUGAAAUA